UGAGAACCAACUUUAAGGACGCUAAGACCCUAUAUAAGGUCCCAGGGAAAGAACAUCCUGUAUUCCUGGAAAGUCCAGUCUGAACCAUGGCUGCACGUCAAGAUAUCACCAGUGAGGGGAAAGCUGUUGCAAACAUGUACCCCCAAAAAAUACUGGAAUAUUUGGACGGCUUUAUGGUCUCCAAGACGAUGUUUGCUGCCUGUGAACUGGGGGUGUUUGACGUGCUGUUGGCUGCAGAGCGCCCCCUCUCAGCAGAGGAGAUCAGUGAGGCAGUGGGUGCCAGUCUGGAUGGAACCAAGAGGUUGCUGGCUACGUGUGCAGUCUUGCAGCUGCUCAACACACAUCAGGAUAAUGAACAAGUUUUAUACAGUAACACGGAGGAGACUCAGGUCUUUCUUACUCGUUCCAGUCCUUUGUCCCUCAGCCUUUUCAUCCAGUACUUCUCCAGAACCAUCUACGUCUACUGUCAAUAUAUCACUAAUGCUGUCAGAGAAGGAAACUGUCAGCAUGAGAAGGCUUUUGGGGUCAGCUCAAAGGAUCUGUUUCAAGCUCUGUACAGGGAUGAUGAGGAGAUGGUGAACUUCAUGGAGUUAAUGAAUUCUAUCUGGAAAGUCUGCGGCAAAGAAGUAAUCACAGCCUUCGAUCUUUCCCCUUUUAAGGACAUCUGUGAUAUUGGAGGCUGCACCGGAGCAUUAGCCAAGCAUUGCACGUCAGUCUACCCAGAAUGCUCUGUGACGAUCUUUGACCUCCCCAAGGUGGUGCGCAUAGCGCGGGAACGCUUUGUCAACGAGGGCGAAGAGAGGAUAAGCUUCCUUGAGGGGGACUUCUUCAAAGAUGAUCUGCCGGCAGCUGACCUCUAUAUUGUUUGCAGAGUCCUCCAUGACUGGACUGACGAACACUGCAUAGAGCUGCUCCGUGGAAUCUACAAAGCCUGCAAACCAGGAGGUGGUGUGCUGGUGGUGGAGAUGCUGAUAAACGAGGAUGGAUCUGGCCCACUGACGGCCCAUCUCCACUCCCUGAUCAUGCUGUUGCAGACGGAGGGCAAAGAGAGGUCAGGGUCUCAUCAUGCUGCCCUGCUAACAGCUGCUGGCUUCACCAACAUCCAGUACCGAUACACUGGAAAACUCUACGAUGCCGUCCUGGGUCACAAAGAGAAAUAG